GGGGGGGAGAGAGAGCGUCUUAAUUCCAUCUCUGCUAACACUUCGCUCCAAUAAUCCCCCCGGCUUGUUAAAAGGUGCUGCAUCACUUCGGGGGGCUCCAGAAUCUUACAUCUUACUUCCAAAGGAUCCAUCCUCUCCCAGCUGUCCUCUUUCUCUCUCUCUCUCUCUUUCUCUCUCUCUCUCUCUCUGUCUCUCUGUCUUCCCCAUUUUCACUGCACGGCUGGUCACAGGUGGUUUCAUCUAGCGUCGAGGUCUCUCGGGACAAAAGACGAAGUCACCGAACGUCAGCCAUGAACGGCACAGAAGGACCCGACUUUUAUGUCCCCAUGUCCAACAGGACCGGCGUGGUCCGCAGCCCGUUCGAGUUCCCCCAGUACUACCUGGCCGAGCCCUGGAAGUACUCCCUCCUGGCGGCGUACAUGCUGUUCCUCAUCGCCACCGCCUUCCCCGUCAACUUCCUGACGCUCUACGUCACGGUCAGAAACAAGAAGCUGAGGAACCCUCUGAACUUUGUGCUGCUCAACCUGGCGGUGGCCGACCUCUUCAUGAUCGUGGGGGGCUUCACGGUGACGCUCUUCACCGCCCUGAACGGGUACUUCAUCUUAGGGGUCACCGGCUGCAACGUGGAAGGUUUCUUCGCCACGUUGGGAGGAGAGAUCGCUCUGUGGUCUCUGGUGGUCUUGGCCAUAGAGCGCUACGUUGUGGUCUGCAAGCCGAUGAGCAACUUCCGCUUCGGGGAGAAACACGCCAUCGGCGGCCUGCUGUUCACGUGGGUCAUGGCCAUGACCUGCGCUGCUCCCCCUCUGCUCGGGUGGUCCCGGUACAUCCCGGAGGGGAUGCAGUGCUCCUGUGGGAUCGACUACUACACCCCGAAGCCCGAGAUCCACAACACCUCGUUCGUCAUCUACAUGUUCGUGCUCCAUUUCACCAUCCCCCUCGUCAUCAUCUUCUUCUGCUACGGUCGGCUUCUCUGCACUGUGCGAGCGGCUGCAGCUCUGCAGCAAGAGUCUGAAACCACCCAGCGGGCGGAGAGAGAGGUGACUCGUAUGGUUAUCGUCAUGGUGAUCUCCUUCCUGGUGUGCUGGGUGCCCUACGCCACGGUGGCCUGGUACAUCUUCGCCAACCGAGGAACCGAGUUCGGACCCGUGUUCAUGACCGUGCCGGCCUUCUUCGCCAAGAGUUCUGCUCUGUACAACCCAGUCAUCUACAUCCUGCUCAACAGACAGUUUAGAAACUGCAUGAUCGUCACUAUCUUCUGUGGGAAAAAUCCUUUUGGAGACGACGAUGGCACCACCGUCUCCACCUCCAAAACUCAGACUUCGUCCAUCUCAUCCAGCCAGGUGGCCCCGGCUUGAUGUCUCAUCUGUCCUCGCUCGCCUCGGGACCUGCCACCGCCGAGCAGCAGCGUGCUCCACAGGCCGAUCCUCUUGACUCUCUCCGUGUUGUCUGCGCUGCACCGGCACAACCCCACAAUCGCUGGGACUGACAAAACUCAACAGCCAACAUGUGUAUUUCCAAUCCAUUUAAUCAUGGAACGUGUUCAGCUGGCUGCACAGAGUGGAACCUGGCAUAAAGGGGGGGGGGGGGUCGCCCAUGUGAUUAUCCAGCUGACCGCAUUCCAAGCUCCCCACAACCCAAACACUCACCAGUUCAUCCACAUCGAUUCUUGUUCCAAGUCAUUUCAGCUAUAUGUCCCCAUUAUGCGCUUCACAAAUGCAUAUUAGUUAAUUUAUUUCUUUAUGUAUAUGUACAUAUUUAAUUUUUAAGGCAUCUGGUAGGUCUGUCCUCUGGUCUUUAUGGUGUUGAAGCUGGGGUUGUUGGCUCUGGGCAUCGACUGAGUGUAAAC